AUGGGUGAACCGGACAUUGAAGAAAACGGAAAAGGAAACACUCAAGAUUUCCUCGAAAACGAUGAGGAUCUGAAAAAUCUUCGCGAGUUGGUCUUUACCAAACCACUUGGAGCACCGGAGGCGUUCAAGCAAAUUGUCAAGAAGUGCUAUGGAGAUGUCAAUUCUGGCCCAGAGAAGGCCGACGAGGCCGCCAGAAUUCUAGUGAAAUGUGUGCAGAACUGCAGUAUUUUCAAGAAGAGAAUGAUGGCUGAGGAGAUCUCAAAACUGGACCGCUUGUCAAUAUACCUAUUCGCUCGGCAAGUUGGAGAUACUUCUGGUAUUCCACUGGAAGAGUGUUUAGCUGUAAGAAAUGGAGAUGGACGUGUUGCAUAUGUAUUUGCUAAGCCAGAAAGCGACUUCGUUCUAGCUCGAGGAAACAACGAGUACGGUCAACUUGGUGUUGGCUCCGACGAGAAAUUUGUUGAGGACUUGACAAGAGUCAAAAUUUCUGGAGAAAUCCGAAAUGUGUACAUGGGAACUCGACACUCAAUCUUUCUGAUGAAGAACGGAGACGCCUACGGAUGCGGAGUGAUCUCCAAUUUCAAGCCAAACUCUGAAAAAGAAAAAGACAGCAUUACCACGAUACCGAUCAAGCUGGCUCAGCUUGGUAAUUACCGUAUUAAUCCAGAAGCAGUUGUCAUUACUGACAACUCAACAGAAUUCCGAGAAAACAAUCGUGACACAUUGGCACAACCAAUAGAACUGGAACUCAUUGAUUCGAAAAGGGAAAUUCAGAAAGUUCAAGUCUUCACAGAGACCGGAACCAUCUACGCGAACAUCUCUGGAACAUUCUGCAAAGGAAACUAUGUACUGGCUCCAAGAGAUCAACAGACACAGUUACCUCCGUUGAAGAAGCAACGAGUGAGUGCAGAAGAUGAUGAUGUUAUCUUGUUAGAAGGCUUGUCAUGGAAUACGGAUUGCUUGGUGGCAGUGUUACAGGAAUGUUUACUGCCCGUGUCGAUUGGAGGGUUCGCGACGGAUCCGAAUGGGAAGUCUUUCGUUUUUUGGCCAGUCAACAGCCGAGAAAAACAAAAAGAAAGCAUUGAUAUCCGUCAGUCAGGACAAAUCUGUCAAAAUCCUCUCUGCUUCAGGAACGCUUCAGAUUGUUCUCCCGUUGCGAUUACACCAAAGCGAGAAUUUUUCAACUACAUAACACCAGAAAUGUCUAUGGAAAGAAGGCCAGAGUCCCGUCCGCUUACGGUCGUCGGAGUUGGUCAUGAGUACAAUAAGCGCCGCCCUGUUGUCUACCGUAUGACUACAGUAGACGCGUACAUACGAUGUGUGUAUCCAGAGCUGUUGGAUGCAAUUGAUGAGCAAGGAGUGUUAGAUUUGAAUGAGGUUUGCAAGCGAGACCACGACCCAGAACGUUUUCGGAAUCUGAUGGACUCCUUCUUCCUUAUCAAGCAUGACAUUCAGAGUCUGAUUGGAUUCGAAAAGAGCAUCGACACGUUUUACAUGGCCAUCCGCCUGCCACGCAACGAAAUCUACCGUAUCCAAACCAUUGAUAACUCCUUCGUCCAAGUUCCCAAUGUCCUUUUCGAACUAUUCUCCGAAUAUGAUGGUGCCAAACGACGAUACGAAAACUCGACGGAAACAAGCGCGGACACUUUUGAUCUACCGUUUUCGGAGGACACAAUUGAGGCGAUGAUGGCAGUGGUGAUUGAUCGACGGGUGUUCUUCGAAAUGUCUAUGGAGCAGAAGAUGGAUGUGUUCAGAAUGUCGAGAUACUGUAUUUUCUCCCACCUCAACAAAGAUUUGCUCAGAAUGAUCGUUCUGACAGCCGAGCAAAAAGACAACGAAUCAAUUCUGGAACUCCUUACUGAGGACUUUGAGGGAGUGUGUGAGAUGAUUGGGAGAUAUCGCCUGGAUCUGUUCCUUUUCCAAAAUCAGACGAUUACUCCUGCAGUCAAUUAUUGGAAAUUUAUGAAAACGUGA